GGAGCCUCUGUGACGCAGCGCACCCCUCGUGCCUCCCCCCUUGAGCUCCACCCCAAAGACGGAGCAACAGUCCGGGGUUGAGCCCUUUGCACUCAUGCGAGACGGGAGCGCUGUAAUGUGUUUUUGGACAUAAAUCACAGCGGAGCUGUCGAGGAGGAUGUUGAGAGCUUCUCGUCAUUCUCGUGUCUCCCCCCGUGUCGGUGCUGUCUUUGUUGACAGGUGAAAUUAGCCGCGAAACGGUUCGAGGUGAAGACGCCGAAACACAGACUCUUAACUGUGAACUAGGAGGCGGAAACAUUUGAUGUACGUCAGCGACAGAGGUAUGGAUACCAUCUGAAAGGUGUGUUGGAUUUUCUUUCGUGUGUAAAUCACCGUUGCUGGAAUACUCCCCCUGAAGAUGUUUGGGGAAAUGCAGCUUGUAUGCAACAUCCAUGCAACUGUCCCACUGCUUUUGUUGGAUUUGAGAAUGGAAAAAGUUCAGUUUUUCUGAUGGAGACGGAGUUACAGUGAUCGUCUAUAACUCGGUGUUUCAGUUUUUCUCUGUUGCAAAUUGUGGAACUAAACGAUUGAAUUCAUCGCGCCUGACAUUCCUGGACUCAUUUUCUGGAGAAGCAGGAAAGGGGAAAGUAGGUCCAGUUUGUUUGGAGUUUUAUAUUUAUUGCUAAUUGUUUUUCACUCCAUACACGCGUGAGUUUCAGAGAGCGGAUACGCCACCGGUCCCCGUCUUUGUCUCAUCAGUUUACCAAGGGUGUCCGUGGGCGCCGACUAGCUGGGCACAGCUGACCAGGCGAUCGGCUCCUGCGUAUGCGCGUGUCCCUGGGGGAGCCCGGUGCCUUGCGCCAGGAUGGGGAUUUCUGCGCCGCACGCGCGUGAAGGGGAUGGAGUCCAUUCACGUUUGGAGCGUCCCGCGCUGCGGCGCCCCCUAAUCUAACCCGCGAGGCCGAGACGGAUGGAUUAUCGGUGUAAAGGGACAGGGAGAGCCCCUCUCCUCUCGCUUUUCCAUGCGGAGGUGCAUACACAGCUCUGACUUCACCGGGGUCUACUGAACGCUAACGCACGCAGACCAGUCUGGAUUGGCCCGGCGAACGUCUCCAUGCUCCCCGUCAUUGUAAGAUGAGGGUAUGGAAGUGGGGUGCCAUCAUCCUGAUGCUCUGCACUGCUGCCCUCUCUGGACUCUUCAGUAGAACUAUGGUCCCCUCAGGCCUCCCCCACCACAGACACUUCUGGGGUCCUGCCUCCCAGAAACCCUCAUCAUCUUCGUUACCACCAUCACCGUCGUCAUCACCACCAUCAUCAUCAUCAUUAUCAUCAGUACCAUCAUCGUUGUCAUCACCACCAUCAUCAUCAUCAUCGUUGUUGUCUUCGUCGUCCUCAAACUCAAAUUCCUUUCCGUCCUCUUCCUCCUUGCGAAGCGAGGGGAAGCUCCGGGUUGGGAGGGCUGUGGACGGGUUCCGGUCCCUCCUCACGGAAGUUAAUCACAUGUUCCGGAGCUUUACAGAGGGGGAGCUGAAGCAGGUGAUUGGAACGCUGCUGGACAGGAAGUGGAGGCGGGACAAGGCGAGGCGGACAAAGCGGGAGCGUAAGGGCAGGAAGUUGUGCGGUUUGCAGGAGGUGGAGGUGAGCGUGACGCAGCUGGGGCUGGGUUAUGAGAGCGAGGAGACGGUCGUCUUCAGGUACUGCAGCGGCCGCUGCUCCAAACGCCGCCGGACCUACGACCUGGCGCUGGAGAGCAUCCAAUCAGCCGGCGUCCUGAAAGAGCCCACUCGCCACGUUCCCUGCUGCCGCCCGCUGCACUACGAGGAAGACUUCUCCUUUCUGGGGAACAACAACAAGUACUACACCAUCCAAGAGCUGUCUGCCCAGGACUGUGGCUGCGUAUAGCCCAGACUGCCGCCCCCUGCUGGCACGGAGGAUACAUGAUGGUUUGUGUGAGGACAAAAUAAUUCCAAAAUCUCCAUGAGAAAGCCCGAAGGGUCUUCUGAAACGUUUAUGGUGCUGUGACCGUGUGACUGGGGGAAAUUUCUGUCUCAAGUUUUCAGA